AUGGCGAUAAUCUUCCUCAUUAUCAUCAUCUCCUCCAUCUUCUCGCUUCAGCUGCUCGUCCGAAAACUGCACAAGAAGCAAUUAAAGCCAAAGUACCAUCCAAUUGGCGGCACUGUGCUCACUCAGCUGGUGAAUUUCAGCAGGCUGCACGAUUACAUGUCCGACCUCGCUGGAAAGUACAGAACUUACCGGCUGAUUAGCCCGUUGCGCAGCGAGGUUUACACCUCCGAUCCGGCUAACGUCGAAUAUAUGCUAAAAACGAAUUUCGAAAAUUACGGCAAGGGAGAUUACAAUUCCAGCAUUUUAAGGGAUCUACUGGGUGAUGGAAUUUUCGCGGUUGAUGGUGACAGGUGGCGUCAGCAGAGGAAAGUGUCGAGCUACGAGUUUUCGACAAGGGUUCUGAGGGAUUUUAGUAGUGUGGUUUUCAGAAAAAAUGUCGUCAGGCUGAGUAACAUAUUGUCUCAAACAGCAACUUCCAAUGAACCAGUGGAUAUCCAAGACCUUUUCAUGAAGGCGACUCUGGACUCGAUAUUUCGAGUUGCGUUUGGGGUGGAAUUAGACACAAUGUGUGGUUCUAAUGAGGAGGGUAAGAACUUUAGCACUGCUUUCGAUAAUGCGAGUGCCUUGACGCUGUGGAGAUAUGUGGACCUUAUGUGGAAGAUAAAGAAAGUUCUCAGAAUAGGUUCGGAAGCCAAGUUGAGGAAUAAUGUCAAAGUGGUUGAUGAGUUUGUGUACAAGUUGAUUUCGAGUAAAACCGAGAAAAUGAACAAUUCACAUGGCGAUCCUUCGAUUCAAAACUUCAGAAAGGAAGAUAUCUUGUCAAGGUUCAUUCAAUUGGGUGAAACUGAUGCCAAGUACUUGCGUGAUAUAAUCCUGAAUUUUAUAAUUGCCGGGAAGGACACAACAGCAGCAACUUUGUCCUGGUUUAUUUACAUGCUCUGCAAGCAUCCUCUUGUUCAGGAGAAAGUGGCAAAAGAAAUACAAGUCGCAACAAGCUCAACAGAUGCAUCAAAUAUUCCAGAAUUCGCUUCUCGUUUGAGUGAGGAAUCUCUCGAGAAGAUGCAUUACCUUCAUGCUGUACUCACAGAAACUCUGAGGCUUUAUCCUGCAGUUCCAGUUGAUGCAAAAUUAUGUUUAUCAGAUGACACAUGGCCGGACGGGUUCAGUGUGAGAAAAGGCGACAUGGUGGCCUAUCAGCCAUAUGCAAUGGGUAGGAUGAGAUUCAUAUGGGGAGAUGAUGCCCUAGACUUCAAACCAGAAAGAUGGCUAGAUGAGAACGGCUGCUUUAAACCCGAGAGCCCAUUCAAGUUCACGGCUUUCCAGGCUGGUCCGCGAAUAUGCUUGGGAAAGGAAUUUGCGUACAGGCAGAUGAAGAUAUUCUCAGCCGUUCUUCUGAGAUUUUUCUUCUUUAAGUUGACUGAUGAGAACAAAGACGUCAAAUACAGGACAAUGAUCAAUCUUCACAUUGAUGGGGGACUCGGUAUACGUGCUUUUCACAGAUCAGAUGAGAAAUCCACAUGA